AUGUCUUGCGAUUGCUCCUUCAAGUUCGUAACCCUGGGAGAUUCGGCAGUUGGUAAAUCAGAUGUCUUGCGAUUGCUCCUUCAAGUUCGUAACCCUGGGAGAUUCGGCAGUUGGUAAAACAUGUCUGACUUAUAAGUUCAUCAACGGAGGUUUCCCCGGAGGCGGCCAUGAGACGACCAUUGGCGUCGAUUUUGGCUGUAGAACCAUCCCUAUUGGCCGGAAGGCAGUUAAACUCCAAAUCUGGGAUACCGCCGGUCAAGAAAACUUCAGAUCAAUCACCAGGAGUUACUUCAGGGAAGCCGCAGGAGCCCUCCUGGUUUACGAUGUCUCCAGGAGGGAAACCUUUGUUCAUGUUGUUUCAUGGUUGGAAGACCUCAGGCAAUAUGUCCAUCCCCAUACCAAGAUCAUGCUCCUCGGAAACAAAUCCGAUUUGGGUUCUGUAAGAAGGGAAGUAAGCGCCGAAGAAGGCGCCCGGCUCGCCAUGGAUUACGGGUUGAUGUUCCAGGAGUGCUCUGCUAGAACUGGGGAAAAUGUCGAGUCUGCUUAUGUUAAGACGGCAGAAGCCGUCCUGGAGAGUAUCCGGCCUAUUGAAUCUCACGAAGAGGAGUUGAAGCGUCGAGGGGUGAAAGUUUUCGAGUCCAAUCGGCGUUCAGAUGUCAAUUACGGCGACAUCGACCACAUAGACGACCCGAUUAACGGAGGAUUAUCUUGUUGUUACAGUAGCUGAUGAUGCCUAAAUUCACUUUUUUGUUC